CCAAGUGCGAUGUAGGGGGAUGGAAAAAACGAAAAAAAAAAAAGGUUAGGGCAAGUUUUUCUGACGACACAAUCUGCGUCGACCCUCAGCCGGACGCAGCCUCCGCUAUCGCCUCAGGCUCAGGUGACACCGUGACAAGGACACUCUUCUUAGAAUCUUGUGAGGUUAUUUGCCUUGAUCAUUGCAUAUUGAGGACACUCUUCUUAGGAUCUCGUGAGCUUGUGGCUCUACUGUGAAGGAGCAGACGGUCCUAUGCAUAAAGUGUGUUAUAUUGUUUCACCUCAGAAAUGUUGAUGUGUUGAUUUGGAUUCAAUUUUGUCUUAUGGCCACCAAUGGAAGCAGACAACCUCAAGUCUCAACAGCUCUACCUCCUCGCACCCUUAAUGUGCAGAAAUUUGCAGAAUCUAGAUCUUCUGAACUAGAAACUCUUCACUCAAUCAUUGCGAACCGAUUAAACAAUGAUUUUCGGUCUCGGAGAAGCAAAAGGAGAAGAACCACUGGGUAUGACAAUCGAACUGCAAAGAAUAGAUAUAGAAAGAAGCAGAAACUUGGAGUAGUGGAUGCGAGCAAUGAUGUUGCUUCUGAGAAAGAUGAGAAGAAGCCUCCUCGUCAUAUUCGUCGAAAACUUGAACUCAAAAAGAAUCCUGAGAUUGGCUUUUGUACUUCGGGGGAUGGGACGAAGAGGUUGAGAACACACGUAUGGCAUGCAAAGCGGUUCACAAUGACAAAGCUUUGGGGUUUCCACCUUCCUCUUGGUUUGCAGGGCAGAGGAACAGGUUCAAGGGCUCUCUUGAAGAGGUUAAAACACGGAGUUCUCAUGCAUGAUGCAAGCUACUAUGGUGCUGUCCAACUGGAAGGUCCAGAGGAUUCAUUAUUGGCUGUUCUAAGCAUUGUACUUGUGUCUUCUCCAUCAGCACAUUCUGAAGAUAUCUCACAUUCUGUACUCUCUGGCGUUAUCUAUCGAAAUGCUAUGCUUCAUCAUGUUGGAGCUCCCUUUUCUUGUCCCAUUGCUCCAGUGACGUAUAUGUGGCGACCUUCUCAUCAGCAGUACGUAGGUGUGGACGGGGACAAUAACACUGAUGGAUGUGACAAGCCUCAGAAAAUCAACAAUUGUUCUUCCUCCCGCCAGUUGUGGGUAUGGAUACAUGCUGCAAGCUUUAGAGAAGGACAUAAUGCUCUAAAAUUUGCUUGUCAAAAGCAGAUGGAUGAGACUGGCAUCUUGAUUAGUUGUAUCUCACUUGAGGGUCAACUUGCAAAAUUGGAAGUGAUGGGAUCAAGAACAUGUCAUCUUCUUCAAAUGAUGUUGCAUCCUGUUACCUGUAUUUUAGAGAAUUCUUGGCAAUUAAAAAAAUGUUCUGUUGUGGAGGCUGAUGGUGAAACUCGACUUAAGAAUUUUUCCAUCUUUGAUAGUGAAGAUCAUACAUCUUCUUCCGCAAUUAUCUCCCUUAAAGUCAUUGAUCCUCGUGCUUUGACUGAGAAGAGAGUGGCAGUUGCUCCUGAAGCAAAAUCUAGUAGUAUACUAGGUCAUGUACGGAACGAUGAAAUUAAUGGGCACAUGAACUUGGCAGAUAAUCCAAACAAGAAAUCAGAAUUACACUCGUCACUAUGGUCUAAACCUGAAGAAAUAAGUGAUUUAUCUGAGUGUAUUGAUUUGUGGGAUGUCAGUAACGGUUUUGAUCCUCCAGUGGAAGAAAGUGUUCUUUGCAUGGAAAAACAACACCAGCAGCUGGAUUUCUUUCGCCUUGGUAAUAAAAAUUUGGGAGCAGCAAAUGUUUCAAGCAAGGGACGGUGUUCUAGAUUUUGCCCUAUUAUGCUUCUGAAAAAUGAUAACCAGAAGGGCUCAGUUAUAAGGUGGUCUGUUAUACUCCCGUUGAGUUGGGUCAAAGCCUUUUGGGUUCCUCUGGUCUCCCAUGGCGCUCAUGCCAUAGGUUUGAGAGAGAAGCACUGGAUUGCUUGUGAAGGUGGGUUGCCAUAUUUUCCCUCAGAUUUUCCUGAUUGCAGAGCAUACUCUUGCUUCAUGGCAACUGAAGCAGCUGCCGCUGAUAAGAAAGAAAAACUUCGUCCUCCUGCCGUGAGAUGUUUUAAUGUUCCUAUUCCACCUCCAUGGGACUGUGUUCGGUUUGCUUUUGACAAAAAAUCAUCUACAUUGGGAGAUGCUCAAAGUCAUUUCGAAGAACUCUAUGCUAAAAAUACAGUUGACUGCAACUCAUUUACAAAAUCAGAUUGUGAAAAUUGCGAGACAGCUGCACUUGGUUCUCAUGUUGUGUCAUCAUUUGAGGGAUUUGUAGUGAGAACAUCCUAUAUGCUGUCUGAGUUCUUGAAUAAUAUCAAUGGUGAGCAUUUGCUUUUAUUCCCUAACAUGCCUGAUGGUAAGAAACGUAUUUCUAAGUUUAUGAAGGAUGAAGGAAAGCUCAGUUGUCAAAAUCGGGCCAUCUCCCUGUUAAAUUAUGAUAACAAACUAUGUUUCCUUAGAGUUCUUCUCCACGCUUACAAAAAAGGUGUUUUUGAAGAGGGAGCAGUGGUUUGUGCACCUCAUCUUACUGAUAUAACGUUGUGGAUGUCCAGAUCAGGCAGUAAUGAUGGAGAAAUUCUACUACCUCAGUCCUCAUUGAGAUCAUUCUUUGUACAACAACCAUCUGGUAAAUGGGAACUUCAGAUACCGGAUGACCCUGUAGCCAGGGAAUCACAUAGGUGGCCAAUUGGUUUUGUCACAACUGGAUUUGUUCGAGGAAGCAAGAAGCCAGUGGCGGGAGCUAUGUGUGAGGCGGUCUGUCUUGCUCGCCUCAGAGAAGAGCAGUGGAAUUCAAUGCCCGUGAAGCAAAGAAGGAUGGAGAUAUUCGUCCUGGUUAGGAAUCUGAGGUCUACGGCAUAUAGGCUUGCUCUUGCUACCAUUGUCCUGGAACGUUGGGACGAAGAUCUGGAGUACGUGUAAGCUCUGCUGCUUUCAGUCCUCGGCAAGUUUUAAUGUUAUGAUGGAGGGCACUGAAAUGUGUCGCAAAAUUUUGCUUAGCCAUUUCUAGUUGGGUAUGUAUAUUAGAUAUUAGGCUGUUAAUGUCUUUCCAUCCAAAUGCCGGUGGAGAGCAUUGCUCUGUAAGAUUUUCCUUUUCUUAAGUUUAUAUAAAAUAUAAAAACAGGGUGCAUUGGAAUUACUCA